AUAUUAAUGAGCUUGCCCCGCGUAUCCUACGAAAAGAAAUUUCGCUUACAGGAGAGUAGACGACAAAGCAAAGAGUAAGCAGAGAGAUCGACCAAGCCGAGAAGCCGAGGGGAUCGUCGCCGAAGGAGAGUGGAAGUCGAAUAAUUUGCAGUCAAUAUAUUGCUUAUGUAAACACAGUAACAGAGCCAGAGUUUCGGUAGAAACGAAGAGUGCGAUAUUCCAGCUGAGAAGACACUGGCAUUCCACGCAGAGACAUAAAAAUGUCGUCUCCAAGUCCGGGUAAAAGGCGAAUGGAUACCGACGUGGUGAAACUCAUUGAGAGUAAACAUGAAGUCACAAUCCUGAGUGGACUUAAUGAAUUUGUAGUGAAGUUUUAUGGACCACAAGGAACACCAUAUGAAGGGGGUGUAUGGAAGGUGAGAGUAGAUCUUCCCGACAAAUACCCCUUCAAGUCUCCAUCUAUAGGCUUCAUGAAUAAGAUCUUUCAUCCUAACAUUGAUGAAGCAUCUGGGACCGUGUGUUUAGAUGUGAUAAAUCAGACAUGGACCGCGCUUUAUGACCUCACCAAUAUUUUUGAGUCGUUCCUGCCACAGCUGCUGGCAUACCCCAACCCCAUCGAUCCCCUGAAUGGGGAUGCUGCAGCCAUGUACUUACACCGGCCAGAAGAGUAUAAGCAGAAAAUCAAAGAAUAUAUUCAAAAAUAUGCAACAGAGGAGGCACUGAAGGAGCAAGAGGAAGGUGCAGGUGACUCUUCAUCAGAAAGCUCCAUGUCUGACUUCUCAGAAGAUGAGGCACAGGAUAUGGAGUUGUAGUGGAAAAUGAACACACCUCUUCUUUAUUGCAGAGACUAUAUAAUUUCCUAACAUGAGAAGCAGACUAUAAUCAUAUUUAAACAAGUCAAUUUUUAUUAUUAUUAUUAUUGUUAUUAUUAUUAUUUCUGCUAAACCUCGAUUUUUAUGAAUAUCUAGCAUUGAUAAUGAAUACAUCGCCCUCUUUUAGGUGUUUAGCUGGUUCUUUGAUUCUCGCGCUCUCUCUCUCGCUCUGUCUCUCUCGCUUUGUCGAUCUAUCCCUCUCUCCCUCACUCUGUUCGCCCCCUCCACAACUAACAAAGGCUUGUAGUGCUUUUCCUACAUUCCAUGUUGGUGUGUGUGUGUGUGUGUGUGUGUGUGUGUGUGUGUGUGUGUGUGUGUGAGACUACAAUACAAACAUUCACUACCGUGUAUUUUAUAUUUGACCCUGCUUCAAGUAUUUUUUUUUCUUUUCUGUGUGCCACGGUCAGUUACUUUGUAGAAUCUUAAUGAUCAGUUUUGUUCUGUGUGGUCAGGAAUUUUCUACAUAUCCAAAAUGUUGGUAAAAUAUUCUGAAGUACCAACUAAAACAUAACGCAUAACAGUAUAACAGUACUAGAGCCCUCUGCAGGCUGAAACAAUUUUUGGAAGCACAAAACUGGUAAAAGGUGGUCAUCAUAGUGUGUUUUGUAUUGUGCUGGUUGUGCAGUCUUUCAAAUUGUAUCACAUGUGAGGUUUCAUGUUCUGUAAAUGACCCUACUGAAAAAAAAACACAGAAUAUAAGUUUUUCAAAGACUUAACUUGAUAAAUUCAGAUUCAGAUUAUUGUUGGAGUUUCUCUUGUUCUUGGGAAAAUGUACAAGCCUGCCGCGCUCUGUAAUGAUGGAAUAUAUGUGCAUUGGGACUCCUGAGAGUGCUGCUGGAUUAUUCUCUACUGGUAGUUUCAGUUACAACCAAGUCCUGCAGCCUAGAAUUUUAGAAGCAGUGUGGGUUUUAUUGCUCCAGGUUCAUUGGACCUGUUAAACCGCAUUUUUGAAUGCCACACCUUUUUGCCCCAUUAAUAGUUUUUUGGGUUGUUUUUUUCUUCACAGAUUUAAUAGAACUUAAUGUAUGUUUUUUUGUCACUCCUGCUUUGUCUGACAUAAAAGAAGAACUAGAAUUGAAGAGAAAGCUACACCAUGAGGACCUGUUCACUGUUACUGAUAUUCAUAGUAAUUCUAUUUACUAACUCAAGUUUCUUUUUUCUCUUUGGAUUUGUUUGGGGGGAAAAAAGGAAAAGUCUAAUUAUUUACAGUCUCUCUUUCACACUUUUACAUGCCUUCUAGUUGGUGAAGUUACAGAUGUGGCACAAGACUUAAAUCUGCUCAAAGCUCGUGUCACAUGCACAAUGAAAUAUUCAUUGUGUUUUGUUUUUUUCGGGGGGGUUGCAAAAAUAGGAUUUGUGUUUAAAGGGGCUGAUUAAGUCACUUUGUGACACUAAUGUCAAAAUUAUUUUGCCAUACUGAUGUUGAGACAUGCAUGUCUAGUAAUAAAAGGCAGAAUUCUCCUGUUCAUCUUUUUAUCUACUUAAGUUUAUGACCCAAAUGAUCAUUUUUAUUUUCAAAAUUGCACUCUUGUUGGAAGGAUUUUGUCUCAAGCAUUUCUUGUUUUGUAGAGAAUUCUACCACUACAAGGUCUGGUUUCUGAGACAUGGGGAAAUGCUUACAAUGUUAGACUGUUCAGUGGUUUUACAUAUACAUCAAAAAUCAAGAAAUCUCUACUGUCUUUCCCCCAUAUUUGCAAAAUGGAUGCACUUUUCAUUUUCUUCCAGGUUUUAGUUGAGUCUAAUUUGACUAUUCUCUUUCCAGAAAUAAACUAGUGCAUUGUUACUACACUGA